AUGGACAUCAUCAGUACGCUGUCGGAUGAUUUGCUCUUGAAGAUUUGUUCACUACUUCCUACUAAAGAUGUAUUCGCCACCACGGUUUUGUCAAAACGAUGGAAGUUUCUUUGGGAGAUGAUUCAUAAACUUGAUUUUGAUGACAAUUUCGAGCGUUGCAUCAAUGAAGAUUCUGUUAAUGGUAUCCCUUCCAGUUACGAAAGAUUUCUUCAGUUUGUUGAUAGGGUUAUGGUGUUGCAUAAGGCCCCGGUUGUAGAUUCUUUGAAGUUCAAAGUUGGUCCCUGGUGCAACUCUGAAGAUAUAGCACAUUGGAUCAGAAUUGGAAUUGUUCGCCGUGUACGUCAACUUGAACUUGAAAUUUCUCAUUCUGUUGAUUAUUACGAGUAUCAUGAAUCGAUCGUACUGCCGAGGAGUCUCUAUGUUUAUGCGAAGCUCGAGGUCUUGAAACUCACUAAUACCAUUCUUUUGGAUGUUAUCACUAAAGAUGUUCGUCUUCCGUCUCUGAAAUCGUUACACCUUCUUUGUGUAAAGUACAAAACCUAUGCAUGUCACUGUAGGCUUUUGUCAGGUUGUCCUGUGCUAGAAGAGUUGGUUAUGGAUAAAAGUGAAAACAGCUCUCUGUCAUGUGUCUGUGUUCUAGUUCCUUCCUUGGAGAGAUUAUCUAUCCUCGAUACUUGUCGUGCAUUGCCCGUGUAUAUGAUUGAAUUGGCUGAGGCAAAUGUUAAUGCUGUUGGUGAAUGUCCUGAGGUGUUAAUGGAAUCUAUUGUACCUGUCAAGAGACUCUCUUUGUGUUUAUCCAUAUCCGCUUCAAUGCGUGAGGACCAUAUUGUUUAUCAUCAGCUUAUUCAUCUGGAGCUAUGUCUAGAUGCUUCUAAGUGGUGGGAACUAUUUACUUGGAUGCUCGAAAUUUCUCCAAAAUUACAAGUUCUCAAGCUCAACAAGUGUAAGGAACACUGGUUGAGUAGGGUAUACAAGCCUAUUGAGGGUUGUUGGGGACAACCGAGUUCUGUUCCUGAAUGCUUGUUGAACCAUCUCAAUACUUUCGAGUGGAAGAACUACAAUGGAAGAGAGGAAGAGAAGAAACUGGUGGCGUAUAUUCUUAAGAACGCUAGACAUUUAAAGACUGCAUCUUUCUCUUAUAUGUGUCUUGAAUGGAAGAAAAAGGCAAUUAGGAAGGAGUUGGUUUCUCUGCCUAGGGGUUCAAGUUCAUGUAAACUUGUGUUGGAUUGA